AUGGAAGGUUUCUCCAGUAGACCACUUUUCCGGUUCCUCACUCAGCCUAAUGUCGUAUCUACGAUUAAUUCUAUAACCGCUGAUACUAAGGAUUUAGAAGAAGUUCUCAAAUCCAAUUUCUUUAAUGAAGAUAUAACACGUGUUUUGAGGGAUAUUAAUGUCAAUUGGGAGACAUGGAAAAAACAACGCAUUCAAGCUUACAAACAUGAAAAAGAGAUCAACAAACAGAAGACCCACCGCGAAAUUCAGUUUCAAAUGAGCACCACAAAAUACCAAAAAGGUGUUGCCACAGUUGUCGAAGCGGAGAUUGACGAGUGGACCAAAGAAGCGGUAAACAAGCGACCUCGUGAAAAUAAAAAGGAAGUUGCCUCUAAGAAGAUUAAAACCACCAAAGAUCCUUUUGCAUCUGCUUUCUCCGCAGAUGAUGAUAACGAAUCACAAGAUCCAUCACUUAUUGAGAGUGACCUAAUAGAAUUUGAAAAAAUGACAGAUAAGUCAUGUUCGAAACCUCUUGAAAUACUUUCAACGGGGUCAUUUGUUGAUUUGAGGCAGGGAGGUUGUUAUUACUUGGAUAAAACCCACUUUAUCCAUAAAAUAGAGGAUCUCAAGACUCAUGCCAUUCUCUCUCUACGUCCUCGCCGUUUUGGAAAAACAUUAUUCCUCUCCACCUUGUCCUCAUAUUAUGAUAUAAAAAACAGAGAUCGAUUUGAACAACUUUUUGGCGAUUUAUACAUUGGAAAAAAUCCCACACCAUUAGCAUCGUCAUUUCUUGUUCUUGAACUCAAUUUUUCUGGACUCCGCACCAGUACAACAUAUUAUAUCUUUGAUGAGGAUUUUCACCGAAGUUUGAAUAUAUUUAUGUCGGAGUUCAUGUAUCGAUAUCAACAGGAGUUGGGACAACAUUUUCAAAUUUAUGAUGAAAAUACAAAUGCUUUGGCAAAUUUUUCGAACUUACUGAAGGCGGUGCGGUUGAGUGAGCACAAGCUCUACGUUUUCAUUGAUGAAUAUGAUGCGAGUAUGAAUGAAACUCUUAAAAACAAACCCAUUUUCCAAGAUCUUACUAAUCACAAAAAGGAAGGUGACUCUGUUAAAAGCAAAAUUGAAUUAAUUGAAAGUUCGUUCAAACAAUUCUACAGUCGUCUGAAGACUGCUUGCGAUAAAGGCAUUGCCUAUGUUUUUCAAACUGGCGUAACCCUUAUUGUUAUGGCCGAGUUCACUUCAGGAUUUAAUAUUUCAACAGACUUGGCACUAAGAGAAGAAUUUUGGAAUCUGUAUGGGUUCAAGAAGUCAGAAGUAGAAGUCCUCUUAGAAAAUAUUUCUGAAAAUGGUUUUCCAAAUGACAUUAAAAAUGGAAUAAUCAAAUGGUUGGAAAAUGAAUAUGGGGGAUAUUAUUUUAACCCUGAUCAAAAAGAAUGUAUAUUCAAUACCGGUAGUAUUUUAUAUAGUAUUAAGAUGCUAAUUGGAAGAAUAAAACAUAUAGAAUAUUGCAAGGAUACUUCAAUAAUUAUUAAAAAGCUUCUUCGAUUUCCUCCUGAUCCACACACAUUGCCCUCUCAAACAACACUGGACUUAAUUGUAGACAACCCCUCGGGUAAAUCAAUACUUACUGAAGCGAUCGGACAAUUUUCUCUUGAAUCUAAAAAUGGUAUCGAACAACGAUUUCGACUUGCGAACAUUCGUGAACUGGCCACAGAUCGUACCCCAUUGUUGUCUUUCUUGUUCUAUACCGGAGCUCUUACCUAUCAACCAAACGGUUUAUGUUUCAGUUUUCGGAUUCCGAAUAAUAUUUCAAAAAGAGAAUUCAUAGCAGAAGCUCUCAAAAUUCAUGAAUGGAAAGAUGAUGAUUUAACACCUGUUCGACAAUGUUUACAGAUUUUGGAGGGAAACGAUGAUAUCGAUCCAUUAUGUCGAUUUGUUGAAGAAUUAUUACUUAAACCCUUGAAAGACAAUAGUAUUGUACACUCCAACGAGGAAGUAUUAAAGCAAACGUUUUUAGAUACUUUGAUUCUGACUUUACAUGCUGACAUUGAACCAGAGUUUCAAGUCUGUUUUAAUAGCAAAUAUUCAUGCGGGAAGGCUAUAGAUUUAGUAAAAACCAGCACGGGAAAACGAAUUGCAAUUGAGUUUGACAAUAUUAAGAUGGAAUGUAUAAAGUUAGAUGGAAUUCAUGAUAGUUGGCAAGGGGCUACUCGAAUCUCGCUAUCAUUAAUGAAAAAAUCCGAGGACGAAAUUUUAAAUCUUGAAAUCAGUGAUCAUUACCGGUCAAAUCAAAAAACAGUCCGUGAAGUUUUGGAUUCGAAGAUUAGAAAGAAAUGCAACGAUUAUUUAGAACCAUUGAAAAAUCGACGAGAUGCAGAUUUGAAGUGCAUGUUUGUUGUUUUGAGAGUCGGUUUACAUCGUCUAAUUAGCAGGAGGGUUUAUUGA